ACUCCGUCCGUCUCAAAAGUGGUUCCGGAUUUCGGAACCACUGAGGGCGGGACCAUUGUGCAACUGGAAGGUUCGCACUUCAUCGAGGAUCCUAACUUGACAUGCAAGUUUGGCGAUGCGCCUGUUUCGGCCUCUCGCUAUGUGAAUGAGAACUUGAUUUUGUGCAAGACGCCGGAGCAUCAAGCCGGUAUUGUGACAGUGCGCGUUGGGAAUAACGGACAAAACUUUGUGAAAUCUUCGGACGCACACUUUGAGUUUUUCCGUACUAAGCAAACUUUCUACAUGGUACCCUACUUGGGCCCCAUUCUCGGCAAUACGCGAGUUGUAGUGGAGGCGCAGCAUAUCCCGACUGGAGCGGACAACAUGAUCCGCUGUAUCUUCGGAACUGUGCGCACGAAAGGUGUGCGUAUUGAUUCGAAGCACUUCAUGUGCGUCACACCUGCGCAGCAGGAUGCCAGUGACGUGACCGUGAAGAUCACGUUCAACUUACAAGAAUUUGCCGAAGCGAGUCAGGCCUUUGUCUACUACGAGGAGCCGGUGAUUGACCGUAUAACGCCGCCUCUGGGUCCAUCUGGGCAGUCGGUGUUCCUCAAGAUUGAGGGGCGCAAUUUCAUCAACACGGACUACCUGAAAGUGCGUUUUGGAGGAGUUACGAAACCCUUGGCGAUUACGGCGGAGGAGGCAGUGGCGAGUUACCUUGCAAACGGCGGCGAAACGAGUCUCACGGCAGAAAACGGUAAGUUUCCUGUGCGGAAGGCCUUCUGGGUGUCCUCAACCGAAAUUCACGUGGAGACGCCGGUCUUGACAUUUGCUGCGGGACAGGAGGACUACACACGGCUCCCUGUUUAUGUGAGCAACAACGCGCAAAGCUACAGCCCUGAUGGCGUCGAUAACUGGGACGAGGAGACCACGCGUUACGACACCAUCCUCAAACACUUCGUAUUCCAUCCGGACCUUAUACUGAAGCAGAUUCGUCCUUCCGAGGGUAUGCAUUAUGGAGGCGCCGAAGAGGGCGGUUUUGUGUCUGUGGUGGGCCAACACUUCGUAAACACCAGUUACGUUUUCCCAGACCACGACACGCGACUCCUGCGCUGUUCCUUCGAGUGGGUAGAGAGCAAAGCAAUUUUUAUCAGUACCACGCAGAUAUUGUGUGAGGUUCCGAACAUGCUUGCGGCGCGUAGCUACGCGAGUGUAGGUUUCGCGCGUGUGCGCGUGACACUCAACGGAAACGACUACUCCCGAUCGGUGUUGCCCUUCAAGUUCUUGGGUGUAUGCCCAGCGGGCAGCUACUGCAGACACAAGGACUCUUUGAACUACGGUUACCGGGUCGUUCCGUGUCCAGUUGGGCAUAACUGUGAGCAUGUCGGCAACGCGGAGCCGAUGCCCUGCCGCCCAGGGCAGUAUCAGAGCUACGAGGGCUCCCAUCAGUGCCGAGAAUGUCCGAAGGGCUUUUACUGUCCUAACGGACGCCAAGUGACGCCACUGCGUUGUCCGAAUGGCUGGAUGUGCGACGAAAUCGGGCUGAUGAUGCCUUACCGUCGAUGCCCACGCGGCCACAUCUGCUUGGGCGGCGUUGCGACGGCGGAUCAUCAUCUCAUUUAUGGAGUUUUUUCACUAUUGCGAAUUUAAAUCAAAGACAACGCAGGGAGUAUUUCUGCAUGCUACAUACAGUUAAUAGUGUGUCGUGCAAACUAUGACCUUUGCAGAGGACCACGAGGACUAUUUUUUUUGUUACAAUAGUUGCCAGCGCCUCCGCUGUUCCUCCUAUUUCUGAAAUUGAAUAGUACGACCUCCUCUAACUUUCGCUCCGCUAUCCACUGACGGAAAGUUUUUUCAACAACGAGACCGGCGAAAUCGUUGUGCAAACAAGCCUUAAGAUGAAUGUUCCGAACAUCAUGUACGAUCCUGAAGUGGUUCCACAAAAGCCGCAGCUCUGUGCUGCAGGAUUGCAUUGCUACGAAGGUACUUCUGCAUUGCAGCCAGCCGUUUCCGGUGCCGGUAACUACUCGACACCACAGCCCUGUUAUCAGGGUUUCUUUUGUCCAUCGGGUAGCGGAACGCCACAUGGUGAUGCCGGAGCCUGUCCGCUUGGAAAGUACUGUCCGACGCCGCGACACUCGGGUGUCGUCUGUCCUGAUCGAUACAUUUAUGUUGACAGAAGAAAUUAGUAAGCACGUUUUUUCCCAUUUUAUUCGCAUUCACUCGCUUCUGGCGGAUUUAGCAGGGUCGUAUAGGAACUGUUCUGCUGCAGUGAGUGUGAGACACGCCUCUAUAGGAGCUUUGUGAGAAGAAUGAAGACAUCCGACACUAUUUCGCGCCCUAACUUACGUGCGGACGAUUGCCCGGCGCCUACGAGCCGAAGGAGUGCCCGAAGGGAACUUUUAAUCCGUACCCGGGACAAAGCAAUUGCACGCUUUGCACUGAGGGCGGAAUUUGCCCAAGUACUAGAAUGCGGGAGCCAAUGUUGUGUCCGUGUGGACAGAUUUGCGAUCAGCGGGGCCUGA